UCGACUUCUUGUAGCCGAAACCCCAAAUCCUGUUCGAGAGAAACCCUAAUCAGAAGCUGGAGCUGGAGCUCAAUCUGUGAGGGAGGGCUAUUCGUCGAUAUAUACGAUGUAUCUUCAGUACUAUAUCAAUGAGAAAGGUGACAAAGUGUACACCACCAAGAAGGAGUCGCCUCUGGGGCUUGCCACUCAAUCCGCCCAUCCAGCCCGGUUCUCCCCGGAUGACAAAUACUCGAGGCAGAGAGUGUUGCUGAAGAAACGGUUUGGUCUAUUGCCGACCCAGAAACCAGGCCCUAAGUACUGAUGAAUGCAACGACGUGUUUUAGCAUUUGAUGCCAUCCAUGGUUGUGCAGGUGCAGGUCCUUUAUGCAAUUUCUUAGCUUCUAUGUCAUCUCUGGUUCUGCUGUUCUGAAACCUUUUGUACCUUUAGACAUUGAUUACUGCUUUUUCGUUUUUGUAUAUUUAUGGUUGUCUGAUUGGCAAGUCUUGUGUCGUUGUUUUGUCGUUUUUUAAUAUAAUCCUUUUUCCAAGUGCUCA